AUGGGCAGCCAUGCAGGGGACCUGUCACAGUUCUCGCAGGAGUACAUCGACUAUGAUCAAGGCCCGGCCGUCGUCGGCGUCUCCAUCGCCGUGGGGCUGCUCGCGCUCGCGAGCGUUGGCCUGCGCCUGUGGGCUAGGCACAUGAAGAGGGUGGCGCUUGGGAUCGAGGACUAUCUGAUCAUACCUCUUCUAAUCGGAACUGUCAUCUGCGCCAUCUUCGCUGUCCAUCUCGGUCGGGUGGGUAGACAUUAUGCGGUGAACAAGAUUGUCGAUCCACCGAGUUACGGUCGAGGCCAGGCAGCCCUAUUCGCCGUCGAGUGCGUAUACGGCGCACUCCUGGUGGUGUGCAAGUUCUCCAUCCUGGCCAUGUACUGGCGCAUAUUCCCGACGCCGUUCGUGAAGAGAGGGUGCUGCGUGCUGGGCGGGAUGACGCUGGUGUGGAUCAUCGCCGUCGCGCUGGUGGCGUUCCUGCAGUGCCGCCCCAUGCAGAAGAUCUGGCUGCCCGACACACCAGGCCACUGCAUCGACAACAACAAAUUCUUCAUCGGCAACGCUGUUCCCAACAUCCUCACCGACUGUGCGAUCAUGGCGCUGCCUGCGUACGAGAUCUCGCGUCUGCGGAUGGGUUUUUCGCAGAAGAUUGGCCUAGCUGGUAUCUUCCUGCUGGGUAUAUUUGUCUCAUUCAUCAGCGCGAUCCGCUUGAUUUUCUUGUUCCAGCUGAGCGCUGGUGGGAAAGACGGAGACCUGACCGUCCUGAUUGCUAUCCCCUGGAUAUUGACAGUGGUUGAGGGUCAGGCGGCCGUCAUUUGCGCCUGCCUGCCUCUCCUCCGACCUGUAGCGCAGGCCAUUUUCGGGCGGGUGCUCACGUCGGGCGCGGGCAAGUCGUCCAACAGGCGGCCCAGCGGGCUGAGCGCCCUCAACUCGGCGGACCUCGUGACGAUUGGCGGUGGGGCUCCCGGUGGCGGGAGACGGCCGGUGUUCAAGCAGGGGAGCCAUGGCACUCGUCCCUUCGCGGUAUUGGAUGAUACUGAUUCCGGGGAGGGGAUAUUGGUCGGCGGCCAGAGCAUGAGCACGAGUGUUCAGGGGAGCGACGGUAAGGCACCGAGUGAGGGGAGUGAUGACAUACCGCUGGAGCGGAUUACUGUGAGGCAUGAGGUGAAGAGGACAGGCCCUUCGUCCGUCCUUUGUGCGCCGUUGCUCAUUCCAGUGAUACCACAUCUACGUCAAUCAAUUAAUCGUAACCAAAAACAACCCCGCGACAUUCAAGGGUUCUCGGCCAGCCAGGAUACUCUUCCCCGGAUAGAGUUUGAGCUCGGACAGGCGCGGAUCGCUUCGCUUCGCUUCACGCGCUUCGCGUUGCCUUGCUUUCCGUCCACCCACACGAUGAUCGCCGUGCGCCCGAGGCCGGUGAUUGGCAUCGCGAUCGCCAUACUUGUGGUCGCCACGUUCUACCUCCUCCACCCCAACCGCAACGCCCUGCGCGUACCUUCGAGUUUCUCCGCCCCCUUCUCCGCCUUCAGCGGCUCGCCAGCCGCCGACUCCUCGUCUUCCAAGUCAAACGUCGCAGAGAAGCCCUACGGCAGGGACUAUCAUGGCCACUCCACGCCCGACGACAUCAACCGUGUGACCAACGGUACCCUUGGCUUCGGCAAAGUCUUCGUAGUCGGCCUGCCGGAGCGUACCGACAAGAGGGAUGCCAUGUCACUGUCGGCCGCCCUGACGGGCUUCGAUAUCGAGUGGGUCGAUGGCGUGCGCGGCGAGUCCAUUCCGGACAAGGCCGUGCCCUUUGGCAUCGACCGGAAGAAGUUGAUGGAGACAAACCUGGGCAGCUGGAGGGGGCAUAUGAAUGCGAUACGGAAAGUCAUCGAACAGAACCUCGAUGCAGCCCUCAUAAUGGAAGACGACAUGGACUGGGACGUCCGCCUCAAACCCCAGCUUGAGCUCGUCGCAGCCGGCGCCCGCGCUGUCAUGUCCAACCUCCCCGAUACCUACUUCCCGACAGGCCGGGCAUCCUCCUCUGCCGGCCCCAUCCCGACCAGCCCCUACGGCGACGACUGGGACAUACUCUGGCUGGGUCACUGCGGCGAGCCGUUCCCAGAGGAACUGGCCGAGAACAAGGAGCUGCCAGACGACGACGCGGGCAAGGUGGCAAUGAUGCGACGAUACACGAUCCUUAAUGACGCGACUGUACCACCGCUGGACCAUGUCACUGGCAUCGUGGACUUCAAGGCACACCCGGAGCGCACGCGCUGGGUACACGUCACCGCCGCUCCGAUCUGCACCUUCGCCUACGCUGUGUCCAACCGUGGCGCCCAGAAGAUCCUGUACGACCUCUCCGUCGACCGCCUCUCGGGCCCCUUCGACAACGCUCUGGCCUGGCUGUGCCGCCGCGCCGUGGGUGGGUGGAGCAAGCUUGCCGCCCUGGCAGCAGCAGGAGACCCGCAGGACCGUGAGGGCAAGCUAGGCGACCGCGGGCUAGACGCGAAGUGUCUGAGCGUAACGCCGCCCAUCUUCUUCCACCACAAGGCGAAGGGGAACAUCCACGGCGACAGCGACAUCCAGAAUGUCGGCGGCGAAGGCGAGCAGGAGCAGCCGCCUGUGAUACGGGAAAAGGGCAGUACUGAGAAUGUCAUGUGGAGCGCGAGGUUGAAUAUAUUGAAUAUGAUACAGGGGACGGCGAUGAAGAGCCAGUGGUGA